ACGUAGCACUAAAAAUGUGUAGUCUAUAUGGAGCAAAUUCAACAAGGUCUAUUUGGAUAAAGGCAAGUACAUAUAUAAAUAUUGGUAUUAUAACUUCGUUUAAUUAUAAUGUGUAUAUAAUUCAGACUCGUGGCCAAAUGUUUUGGGAAGUCAACUGCCAGGUUCAUUCAGAUGCGUUUUUUAAAAACAACUUCCGAAUGAAGCGCAAUUCUUUUAUUAAAUUGUGCAAUAUGUUGAAAGGUUUGGAGAAGAAAAACACUAACUACCGCAUUGCUAUUGCUUUAUAUGCUCUUGGCUCUUCAGCAGAAUACCGAACAAUUGGAAAUAUGUUCGGAAUUGGUAAAAGCACUGUCUGCUCCAUUCUAAUUGAUUUCUGUCAUGAAGUCUGGCGUUGUUUGUGGCCUUUGUAUUUGAAGAAAUUCCCAAUGAACGAAAUUCAAUUGCGCGAGUAUUUAAAUGGUUUUGAGUCAUUGGGUUUCCCUCAAGUGUUAGGAGCUAUAGAUGGUUGUCAUAUAGAAGUUCCCCCAGCUGCAGAAGAUGCUGUUGACUACUACAAUUACAAAGGCUGGUAUUCCACAGUUCUUUUGGCUUUAGUAGAUGCAAGAUGUCGCUUUAUAUACAUCAACGUUGGUAGUCCAGGCCGUUGUAAUGACUCUUCAAUAUUUGAGAGAUCAUCUUUAAAAAGCGAGUUGGCACAAUCUACUAUAUUUAAAGACAUGAGUAAACAAAUAUCGUCAGUUAAUGUUCCAGUCGUUUUGUUGGGCGACUCUGCGUCCAAAUUUGAUGAACAUUUGAUGAAACUGUACCCAUUUUGUGUAAACCAACCUUUGGAUAAAAAAAAAUUCAACUAUAUACUAUCGAAAUGCCGAAGAGUAGUGGAGAAUGCUUUCGGUCAUUUAAAGGGAAGGUUCAGACGGAUUGGAAAAGGCUUGGAUAACCACAUGGCCAACACGAAAAUCGUCAUUAAAGCAUGCUGCGUUUUGCACAACUUUUUAAAUGAGGAAAAUGAUAAAAUUAAUGAAAAGUGGAUUGCAGCACAACAAAUCGAAAACGAAUCUCGGCAGUUGCCAGAAGACGUCUCUAACAUUUGUGGAAAUGUCAACCCAAGAGCAGAGGAAAUAAAACAAGCGUUCGUUUCGUAUUUCGGAAGUCGAUGAAAGCAUCCCUCACUUCUUUUGAAUCCACGCGACGUAGAAGGUCCAUCGCUUGGGCUUGGGAGCGGCGGCUGUCCUUCUGCAUCGUCCUCAAUGUAAAUUGGUUCCAUGUCAACUGAAAAUAGAAGAAACAAAUAAAAGUGUAAGGAAACAUUCCAUAACCGUUUUUCAUUUUAUUAUGAAUAUUGGAAUCUACUCCAAUGCGCUUAAAACUUACCCACAAU